UCUUUCUCUCUUAAGGAGAUGUGUGAAAUGGUCAAUGUCAGGUAUGAUAGGGUACUUGAGGCGAACGUGAGGGUCAACAAUGAGGAGGAAGAUUCAGUUGAAAGUGACGGUGCAAAUACAGCUGCCAAUGAGGAUUCUCUGGAAAGUGAUAAUGACAAUCACUCUGAAAGUGCCAGUGAUGACUCACUUGAACACGAUCCUGAAAAUGACCCGGAAUACACACCUGUCAAUGAAGAUGCUGUUGAUGUUGAUGUUGCUGUUGACCGGGGAAGGUCAAGAAAGAGGGCCAACCCAGACGCUUGGAAGGGUAACAUUCAGAAAAGGAGAAGAAUGAGGGGCCAAUCAUAUCUUGGACGAAAAAAAAAUGAAUUCAUCAACAUAGAAGAAAGAAAAAUGGAGGGGCGGUGCCUGGCUGAGGCCUGCCGGAAAUCCAGCAAACUACACUGCACCGAAAUCGAUGAAGGGAAGAGGGAAAAAAUAUUCAAGUAUUUUUGGGGGAAAUUGGACUGGAAAGAAAGGAAAAUCUAUGUGAAGUCACUGGUGGAGGUGAGUGAUGUCAAGCGGCGCCGGACAGAAGCGGUUCAGUCUCGGAGGUCAGCAUCUCUCUGUUGUUUUUUAUGUGUUGAUGGUAAAAGGCUCAGAGUUUGUCAGCGGAUGUUCCUGUCGACCCUUGGCAUCAAGCAGUGGAGUGUUCUAAAAUGGGUUGGAAGAAGAGAUGAAAGUCCUGAGAAGACGGCAAGAGUGAGGGUGAGGACAGAGGAGCGGGACUUCCUAAAGUCCUUUCUUCUUGAACUGCCGAAAGUACCAUCGCACUACUGUAGGUCCUCCUCUUCCAAGAUGUACCUGGAGCCUUUAUUCAAAUCAAUCAAUCAUCUCCACUCACAAUAUAAGCAGGCAUGUGCAGCCAACGGCAUCCAGGCUCUGUCAAGACAAGUGUUCAGUAACACCUUUAAAGAAUUAAAUCUGUCAUUGUUCCAUCCAAAAAAAGAUCAGUGUGACACUUGCUGUGCCUUCAAAGCCGGGAACAUCGAGGCUGCUGUGUGGGAGGAACACUGCGUUAAGAAGGACGAGGCACGAGCAGAAAAGGAUAGGGACAAGCAACUUGCAAAUAACACCACCUUGGUUGCAUGCAUGGAUCUGCAGGGCCUUCUCCUCUGCCCAAAGCUUCAAGCGUCUGCCCUCUAUUUCAAAAUGAAGCUGAGUGUCCAUAAUUUUACCAUCUACAAUAUGGCAUCACAUGAAGCGACAAAUUACCUUUGGCAUGAGGGUGAGGGGGGGGUCUCUGCCAAUGAGUUUGCCUCCUGCAUUGUGGACUAUCUUGAAACACACCUCACUUACACUGAAUUCAUUCUUUGGAGUGAUGGGUGUGGUUAUCAAAACCGAAACCUGGUCCUGAGCAAUGCCCUCUUAAAGUUUGCCACUGAAAGAAAAAAGCAAGUGACGCAGAAGUACCUUCAAAGAGGCCACACACAGAUGGAAUGUGACUCUGUGCACAGUGUGAUCGAAAGAAAGCUAAGGAACCGAGAUGUACAUGUUCCAGCUGAGUAUGCUGCAGUCAUUCGGGGAGCUCGUUCAAGUCCAAAACCAUACGAGCUGAAGUAUGUUGAUUACAGCUUUUUCCAAGACUUCAGCAAAGUGAAAAUCUGCAAGUCAAUUCGACCUGGUAGCAAAGCAGGCGAUCCUACGGUGCAUGACCUCCGAGCAGUCAGGUCUGUACAGACUACUUUUUCAUACAUGAAAUAUUUGCCACAUCAUAUUAAAAUAUUUUGUUUCAUAAAUCUAAACUUGCUUUUGGUUCCCUCCUAUUCUCUGUUCGCCGACAUCCCUCUUUCCUUUCAUCUCUCUAUUAGAUACAAUGUGGACGGCAGUAUGGAGUUCAAAUUACUCCACUCCGACAACUGGCAACCCUUCACAUCCCCAUCCCUGAGGAAGGCGUGUGUCAGCGUGGCCCCACUCUAUACAUCCCCCCAGAAAAUUAAAGCACUGAAGUUCAAGCACCUUCAAGAACUGAAACAUGUCUUACCGAAGGACUUUCAUCCAUUUUAUGAUGCACUUGACCAUGAGUGAUGGUCAGCUCAAAUAGCACAAACAAUAACAUACACACCACUAUUAAACAUUAUUUAUUUAUUUAUUGAUAAAAGCCAGUGUGGUUUUUCUGACUACCUAUAUACAUGUCUUAUUGAUUAAUAUAUUAAUGAAAUGUUAUAUUUAUUGAGUAUUGAGAAGUAAUUGUUUAUGUGCAUGUUUGAAAAUGACUUGGUUUUAUCUGUUGAACUCUUGGAAUUCCUAUCUGCCAAUCUGACAGGAAAGACAUGAUUAAAAUCUUGCAUUUAGGCAAGUUGCUAUUUUAUAAUUCCACCUGUAGUAGCAGUAGUGAGUCUAAUUAGCCGUAACUGCUUAAACAGGAACGGGCUAGUUGGAGUUUAGUGAAAUGGCAGCUUCAUUUUUCCUUUUCUUUUCUGCAAUACAGUGCCAAAUAAAUAUUAUUUUGAUGAUA